GUCGGCGAGUACCACAAUGAACGAGUGCAUUAUCAGAUCUUUAAUCUAGGAAGCAACUAGUUCAGGAUGAUGUUCUCCUGGAUUUCCGUGCUCCUGAUGCUUUCUGUAUCUGGUGUUGAAUCAGCAAUUCACUCCCUGUCGAUGUCCAGAGCUAAUGGACGUCUGCUUUCGAGUCAUUCACUACAUCAUUCGUCAGUAAGGGGUUUGACAGAUUGUGUACAACUUUGUUUGCGUCACUUUGAAGAAUGUUCUUCUAUAGCUUACGAUGAAGACAGUCAAAUGUGUGACCUAUUCUUCAGUGUAGCUGGACAACUAGUCGCACUGAUGUUCCCAACGAAUGUACUGCUGUACACAAUACCAUAUCGCGACUGUACUGACGUCAAGCAACGAAUGAGUAGUCAAAGUGGUGUUUACAAAAUUAAACCUCGCUCAUCAUGCGAAGCACUUCUUGUUUAUUGUGACAUGGACACGGAUGGUGAAGGGUGGACGGUAUUUCAGCGCCGACAAGAUGGUUCUGUAGAUUUCAACCAAAAUUGGCAAACUUAUACGUCUGGAUUUGGUGAUUUGAGUGGCGAGUUUUGGCUCGGAAACAAUAAAAUCCACAAAAUUACGUCGUCAGCAAAGUAUGAAUUUCGGAUAGAUAUGGUUACCCGUGAUGGCAACGCUUAUCACGUCACCUACGAAUCAAUUGAGAUUGGAACUGAAGCUGAAAACUUUAAACUGAAUUUGGGAGAGUUCAUCGGCGUUAAGUCUAAUGCCGUCGAAGCGCUUAAUCACCACAAUGGCAAGAGCUUCUAUACACUUGACAGAGAUAACAGCGGGUCCUGCAGUGUCAGGUAUGAAAGUGGUUGGUGGUUCAGAUCAUGUUACAAAUCUAAUCUUAAUGGUAAAUAUGAAUCCAAAAUUAUCUGGAACGAGGGCCAGCUUAUUUUAAGAUUCUCAGAAAUGAAAAUGCGAAGAGUUGUCUGAGGACAAACAAACGACACAUUAUUAUGCCUUGUCUUUGGUUAAUGUUUAUGUCUACUUCCAGCUCGGGGCUGCAGUAGACACAAUGUUGUCGUUUGGUAGUUAACCCUGUAAGAGCGAGUAAAUCCGGUAUGCAGGAAUGAUGGGAUGAGUCAUUAUUUAACACACGCUCUAUUUUGUCGACAAAACAGUGUUUUUGUAAGGCAGAAUUAAUUUUGUCACCAAAAAAAUGCUAUUUUGUAGCAACAAAAUGCUAUUUUGUCGACAAAAAGACUUCUGUAGAAUACAGAAUUCAUUUUAUGUCACCACAAAAUUCUAUUUUGUUCUGUCGACAAAAGGACUUUUGCAGAUAACAGAAUUCAUUUUGUCGACAGAAGCACCUUUUGUGUGUGACAGAACGAGAUUAUAUGCAACUCGAGGAGCAGUUGUGGCGGUGGAUCUUUUCGACGGGUGUCCGAGUUACCCGACGGGAAGGGGGUCGAUGUCCCCGACGAAAAAAAAGUGAGCGUGAUCGGGCGUCGCUCAAAAUGUCUCGAAAGUGUUCCAGGGGGCGAAGCUCCCCAAAAAUUUGAGAGUUUGAGGGUUCCAAAGGCUUAUUUAAUCGAUUUUGGAGUCUCCUAAUAUGUAGAAAAUACAUAUACCGUAUAUUAAUUGUUUUCCCUCUCCGACGAAUUGUGGUUUUUGUGGUUUUUCUAUCCGACGAGGGGGCCAGUUCUCACGAUGAGGAGCACUGACUCCCCAGUCCCGCUGCCGCCACAUGAGGAGGCGGAGCCACUUCUGGGUGAAAAAUCACAGCUUAUAUCAACAAAAAAUUCACACCAAUAAAAUAUUACAUAAAAUUCAGAAAUGUAUACACACUAACUUCUGUCUGACCAUGGUUUACAGAAAUAGACAUUCAGCCUCGCUAUUCGGUAUCCAAUGUUUUGACUAAGCGCAUACAGAUGACUCACUACCCCAAGUAACAAAUCGCAAAAGGUGGACAGCACAAUAUUUUGUUAGUGGUCAUCAUCAAACCAAAUCUCCGCCUCCUCAUUUGCUUAUAACCUCGUUCUGUUUCACACAAAAGGUGCUUCUGUCAACAAAAUGAAUUAUGUCAUCUACAAAAGAUUUUUUGUCUACAAAAUAGCAUUUUGUGGCGACAAAAUUAAUUUUAUCUCAAAAUAAGCUAUUUUGUCAACUAUUUUGUGAUGACAAAUUAAACUCUGUCUUACAAAAACAUCAUAUUGUCGACGAAAUAGCAUUUAAGAAAACAGAAUACAUUUUGUUGACAAAUGGCGUUUUGUCGAGACAACUGGUAUUUUGUAGACAAAAUAGCGAAUGUCCCAAACAGCGCCUCGUACCUAUUUUUAUAUUUGUAUGCUUUGGAAACACAAGUUGUGAGCUGUAUUAAACUCCGCUAGUUUACAUACAAAAAACAAGUAGUGUAAUAGCUGUGUGUUAACCAUUUGCCCACAACGGCAGAAUUCACCAUAUUAUAUAUAGGUAUUGACAAAGAUUUCCAUUAAUCGUGUUAUUUUCUAGCAUUGUACGCUUCUGAAAUAUGCUUUGUCAUUUGUCUUUAUUAGGUAAAAUUCCCGUUAUUAAUAGUUUAGCAGAAAUAGUAUGGUAUCAACAGAUUUGAAAAAAAUAUAGUGUAUUAUUUCUUUAAACUCAAUGACGGAUGUGUUUCCCGAUACCAAAGUUAUGUUUAUUAUCCUGUAAACUAUAAUAUUAUUUAUUAUUAUCCAGAAAGGGGAGAAGAGCCGUGGUAGAGCAAAGGCAGUAAAGACAUACGGUGUGGUUAAUAUACCUAUUUUAUUAAUAUUAUUAUUAUUAUUAGGGGCCUACAUCCCUGAUAAAAAGAAAUACGAAAAUAUAAUAUUUUAUGACAUUAUUAUGAAGCUAUUAUCGACCGCUAGUUUAAGUUUGUGUAGCAAAAAGAAGACAAACGUUCAUGAAUAAAAACAAUAAUUUGUUUUAACCAGGGAACAGUUAAAUUCAUUUUGUUACUAAUAACAUACUUAAGGAGGAAUAGGCCUACAUCCGACAAUGGAUGACGAAGCCAAGAAGUAAUAACAUUAGUAGUUUUAAUAAUAAUAAUAAUAAUAAUAAUAAUAAUAACAAUAAUAAUAAUACGAUGACAAUAAUAUAAUAAGUAUUUAAUAUUAAUUGCCAUGUCGUCACUGUACCACACGACAUUGCUUCAUAUUAUUAUUAUUACCACUGCACCUCCCCUUCAAACCUCCAUACAACUGAGUACCUAUUGAACCCUAAUCAUUUCUUAUUUAGAACGAUAUAAAAAACAUAUAUAUAUAUAUAUAUAUAUAGCAAUUAAGGAACUCAACA